AUGAAACUUACCCCUGAUCUUUUACCUGAUGGAAUAUUAGAUUUUGACGGAACAAUUACUGAAAAAACUGACGAUUCAAGAACCCCAAAAUUCUCUGGUGAAAUUUCAAUUCCUGAUGAUUUAUUUAAA